AUGAUCGCCUUGGAAUCGAAGGCCAGUGCGACAGUAGAACGUAAGAUCUGUACAGUAAAAGCAAGCGGCACAUACCAGACCGAUGAUGCCCCUGCGAUACGUGCAGCCUUCGAGGAAUGCGGGCAGCAUGGCAAAGUCGUUUUCAACCCUACGACAUACUAUGUGAACUCCGUAAUGAGAGUCAGCGGUUUGAACGACGUUGACAUUGACAUUCAAGGAGAACUCUUGUGGAGCACAGAUAUUCGGUAUUGGCUCAACGCCUCCCUGCCAGUUGGAUACCAGAAUCAGAGCACUGCCUUCAUACUCGGAGGCGACAAUGUUCGCAUCAAUGGACAUGGGGUGGGAACACUUAAUGGCAAUGGUGAUUACUGGUAUGAAUGGAUCCGGCAACAACCGAAUACUUCGAACUACCCUGGUCGGCCACACGCAAUCACCUUCAAUGGGCUUACCAACUCUGUGGUAAAGGGUCUCAAAUUUCUGCGGAGCCAAAUGUGGACCAUGUCGAUUAUUCAUAGUCAUGAUAACGUAUGGGAAGACAUCUUUGUCAAUAACACCGGGAACAAAGUCUCUAGUUCAAACACUGACGGCGUCGACACUUUCUUCUCGUCCAACCUCCUCUUCCGCAACCUGACUGUCUACAAUGGCGAUGACUCCUUCUCCUGCAAAGCGAACAGCACCAACAUCACCCUCAUCGACUCAAAAUUCUACCACGGUCUUGGUAUCGCUAUCGGUUCCAUCGGGCAGUACAACGACCAAUUCGAGACCAUCGAGAAUAUUCGCGCCGAGAACGUUUACUUCGAGGAUACACUACACGCAUUCUACGUCAAAACAUGGACAGAUGAUCAGAACGGAUAUCCACCAAAUGGCGGAGGAGGAGGCUUAGGUUUCGCAGAGAACAUGUCAAUGAAGAACCUGACGAUCAAGGGCAUGCGCGGAGCAGCGUUCUCGAUCAGUCAGUGCACACGAUUCAGCGGUGCACCAGGAGCGGGAAAUUGCACAAACAGCCAGUUCCAGGUCAGAGAUGUUGAUAUUCAGGGUAUGAAGGGCACUACAAAGGAUCGCCGGACGAUCAGUUUGCAGUGCAGUGCUGUGGCGCCGUGUACCGAUAUUGCGGUGAGUGACGUAAAUUUGAGAUACACCAACGGGACGAGUGUAGCAAACUACCUUUGCGGAAACGUUGUGGGGAAUCAUGGAUUCAACUGUACCGGGCCAGUGUGUGUUGGUGGAAGUUCGACGGGGGGAUGUUGAGCUACGCGCUCCGAGGCAGACUCAAAGGUCGGUUGUUACUAUGGGUAUAAUAGACUAGGGUGCAAGGAAAAUCGCG